AUGUCUCUCUUUGGCACAUCGCCGGAUGAUUCCUCCUCGAUGGGAAAUUCCGCGCAGAGGUCCAAGUCCUCGCUGUUCGCCGAUGAUCCAUCACUAGGGGGCAAUGGCACGGGCCCCAACUACGGCUCCUCUUCCCUCUUCGCGGAUGACGACAGUGGUUCGCCAUGGAACAGCAAUCCCAACAAACGAGCCGCGCGUCAUCAGCUCGUGAAGACCCUUCUCGCCGAUUCGGAAGUCCCUGAAAGCUACAUCGAUGCCUAUGAUCUUGUCCUCAAUGUGGGGGAUCGCGUCGGAUCGGGCGUCGGUCUGACGUCGGUGCGGGAAAUCCUGUCCAGCAGUGGCCUGACUGCGACCGACCAGGCCAAAAUCCUCAACCUUGUGGUAUCGGGCGACAUCGACAACGCCGGGGGACUGGGUCGCGGCGAGUUCAACGUUCUUCUGGCGCUGGUAGGCCUGGCGCAGGAGGGUGAAGACCUGACGUUCGACGCGGUAGACGAUCGCCGAAAGAAGCUCCCGAUCCCCAAGACUUCGUACCUCGAUACGCUGCGCGCCCGACAGGAAGCUCCGGCUGCCGAGCGACCGACCACCCCGCCGCCCCCCGCGACGCCUCAGCAAGAGCCCCCUUCGGCACAAUCUCGACGGUCCGGGCGGGACUCGAUGGGUGGCCUCGAAGCCGACCCCUGGGCAAGCCCCGAUCUCCAUCGGGGCCAUGCGCAUGCGCAGGCUGAUGUCCCUGCGCCCAUCAUGAACGGGUUUGGGAGCGUGCGGUCGGCGACCAACGCGUGGUCUGGCCGAUCCGGCGAGGACACCAAAGCCAACGACGCGUCCGAUGGCCAGCGCACGAACGGCCAGCCCGACGCCGGCGCUUCCUCCGCCAACGCCGGCUUUGGUUGGGGCGAGAGCUUCGGCAGUAGCGGCAGCGGUGGUGGACUGGGAGGGCCACUCCGAGCAGGACUUGGAGGCUUUGGUCCCCCCAGCGGCGACAACAAUGAUCCUAACCACCCCCGUCGACGGUCCCUGGGGAUCGACCGAGUGACCAGUCCGCAUGUGGAGGAAGUGGUGACGGUGACGCUUCUGCCGGAGAAGGAAGGCAUGUUCAUGUUCCAGCAUCGCAACUACGAGGUGAAAUGUGCGCGACGUGGAAGUACGGUGAUUCGACGAUACAGUGAUUUUGUGUGGCUGUUGGACUGCCUCCACAAGCGGUACCCCUUCCGACAGCUGCCGCUGCUACCGCCCAAGAGAAUUGCAGCGGAUUCCAAUUCCUUUCUCGAAAAGCGUCGACGGGGUUUGGUGCGGUUUACGAAUGCCCUGGUGCGCCACCCGGUGUUGAGCCAGGAGCAACUGGUGAUUAUGUUUUUGACGGUGCCUACGGAACUAUCCGUAUGGCGGAAGCAAGCCACAAUCUCGGUGCAGGAUGAGUUUACGGGGAAGGCGUUGCCCCCUGAUCUGGAGGACUCGCUGCCGUCGACGCUGACGGACACGUUUGAGACGGUCCGCAGUGGGGUGCGACGGUCGGCGGAGGUGUAUAUCAACCUGUGCACGCUGCUGGAGCGGUUGGCGAAACGCAACGAAGGGCUGGCCGCGGACCACCUGCGGUUCUCGCUGGCGCUGCAGUCGCUGACGGAGAUGACGCGGGACACGUACGCGAUGGACACGAACGACGUGCCGCUGUUGAACGAGGGGAUCAAGGCGACGGCGCGGCAUCUGUCGGCGAGUCAGAGUCUGCUGGAGGACGAGGCACGGGCGUGGGAGGAGGGCAUGCUGGAGGACCUGAAACGCCAACGGGACACGUUGGUCAGCGUGCGCGAGAUGUUUGACCGGCGGGAUCGCUACGCGCGGAACAACAUCCCGCAGCUGGAGCGACGGAUUGAGAGCAAUGAGCGCAAGCUGCAGGAACUCCGGCAGCGGCCGACGGGGACGAUGAAACCGGGGGAGAUCGAGAAGGUGGAGGAGGCGAUCUUCAAGGACAAGGAAUCGAUUGUGCAGCAGCACGCACGUGGGGUGUUGAUUCGCGAGUGUGUGCGCGACGAGCUGGUGUAUUUCCAACAGAGCCAGUACCACAUCAGCCGGCUGCAUCAGGACUGGAGCCAGGAGCGGGUGAAGUAUUCGGAGCUGCAAGCGGAUAAUUGGCGGUCGUUGAGUGACCAGGUGGAGGGGAUGCCGUUGGGGGAUUAG